AGAUCCUUUUCCUGUGAGAAAAAGGAAUAUUAUGUCCUGUUCAUAGACAUUUGUUCAGGUGGCGAUAGAGCGCAAGGUUUCGGUUUCCAAGAGGAGAGCGAGAGGGAGAGGAAAUGGUCUUCAAAUUCGCCACCUUUGAUCCCGCUCGAGAUCCUGACGAUUACAACCAUGCUUUCCCACAAUCUCCGUGGUCAUCGUCGUCAUUGCCAUCGGCAGCGGCGGCAACUAUCUGUCAGCCGUGUGAUUCUACUGACGGCUGCAUCAGAUCUUUGGUCAGCCGGCUCGUUGUCGCUGAACCUAGGGAGAGGAUGCUGAAAUUAAAGUAUGGACCUUUUAAAUACGGCGAGCUUGCGAGGGUAACAAGAAACUUCGGAACGGUUCUGGUUGAAGGAGGAUCUGGAAAUGUAUACUUCGGCACACUAGAGGAUGGCACCGAAGUUGCUGUGAAGGUUUUCUUCUGUUUUUCAAUACAAGGGUCCAGGGAAUUUCAAGCCAAGGCAAAAAACUUGAGGGCUGUUCACCAUGAAAACUUGGUUCCUCUGCUUGGUUAUUGCGACGGCACCAAAACCAAGGCGCUGAUAUACGAAUUCAUGGAUGGUGGAAAUCUGCGACAAAACUUAACGGGCGACAGGCCGAAUUUCUUGACUUGGAGUAAGAGACUUCAGAUUGCCGUGGACAUAGCACAAGGUUUGCAUUAUCUUCAUCAUGGUUGCCAUCCACCCAUCAUCCAUGGAGACUUGAGUGCUGCAAAUAUCUGGUUGAAUGAGGAAAUGCAAGCUAAAAUAGCUGACUUUGGUAUCUCAGCUUUUGCACCUCGAGCUCUUGAUUCUUAUCCAACUUGUCCUCUCGGUACUCCAGGAUACUUCGACCCCGAGUUUUUUCCGUAUUCAAGGCCAGACAGGAAAAGUGAUGUUUAUAGUUUCGGAAUCAUACUCUUUGAGCUAAUCACAGGACAUCCAGCAGUGACUAGAGGGGCAGUGCGCAACGUGUUUUUACUUCAGUGGAUGACUCCUAUCGUUGAAACUAAAGAGAUACAGAUGAUUAUGGAUCCGAGUUUACAAGGGAAGUUCGACAUUGACUCGGCUUGGAAAGCGGUGGAGAUUGCAGGGUCUUGUACAAGACCAACUGGAGAAGAAAGGCCGGACAUAACUCAUGUACUGGCUGUACUGAGUCAAUCUUUGGCACUAGAAUUGGCAUCUCAGUACUGCCACUCCUAGGUAGUUCACUAAUUAGGAAAUGUCAGCUUCAGCUGCAAAAAAAUCUGCAGCAGUUUAGAUGCUGAACUCAAGUGGUGGCUUAUGUUUCAGUGUGACACUUGUAUUUAGAUUUAGAUCUCCGUGAGCAGUGAUAUUCGUGAUGAAUGGGGAAGAAAAUGUCCUUUGUGGGUUGUGGAAAAUUUAUCGAAGAAUUAAGGAAAACCGUCAGACUACACCAUGAGUAGAAUUAAAUGGUAAGAAACUGAUCGUAUUUUGUGUCU